AAAUCCUUUUUUCCUCCCUCCACUGAUUAUUUCGGGGAAGAAAACAGGAGGAAAAUGUAAUACCCUCCCUCCACUGAAUGCUACAGUCAAACCAGUUGAAAGAACACAGGAAGCAUUUUAUUUCCAGAGCCCUCUUGAUAGAGCCCAAGCAGCAAAGAACAAAGGCAACAAGUACUUUAAAGCUGGAAAAUAUGAACAGGCCAUUCAGUGCUAUACUGAAGCAAUUGGCUUAUGUCCCUCUGAAAAAAAAUGCUGACCUUUCUACCUUUUACCAGAACAGAGCCGCAGCAUACGAACAACUGCAAAAAUGGAAGGAGGUGGCCCAAGACUGCACAAAAGCGGUUGAGCUUAAUCCCAGAUAUGUGAAAGCUCUCUUCAGGCGUGCAAAAGCACAUGAAAAGCUUGAUAACAAGAAAGAGUGUUUAGAAGAUGUUACUGCAGUUUGCAUUUUAGAAGGCUUUCAAAAUCAGCAAAGUAUGCUACUAGCAGAUAAAGUUCUUAAACUUCUUGGGAAAGAAAAAGCCAAAGAAAAAUACAAGAACCGGGAACCCCUGAUGCCUUCACCACAGUUUAUCAAAUCGUACUUCAGCUCUUUCACGGAUGACAUUAUCUCCCAACCACUUCUUAGGGGAGAGAAAUCUGAUGAAGAUAAAGAUAAAGAAGGAGAGCCUUCUGUAGUAAAAGAAAACUGUGGCUAUUUAAAGGCAAAGAAAUAUAUGGAAGAAGAAAACUAUGACAAAAUAAUUAGCGAGUGUACUAAAGAAAUUGAAGCUAAAGGAAAGUAUAUGGCAGAAGCCUUGCUGUUACGAGCUACAUUCUAUCUACUUAUUGGUAAUGCAAAUGCUGCCAAACCUGAUCUGAAUCAGGUUAUUGGAAUGGAAGAAGCCAAUGUAAAGCUGCGUGCUAAUGCUCUGAUCAAGCGAGGAAGUAUGUAUAUGCAACAACAGCAACCUAUGCUGUCUACUCAAGAUUUUAAUAUGGCUGCUGAUAUUGAUCCUCAGAAUGCAGAUGUUUAUCAUCACAGAGGGCAGCUAAAAAUUCUGCUUGACCAAGUUGAAGAAGCUGUAGAGGACUUUGAUGAAUGUAUCCGUUUGCGACCAGAUUCUGCCUUGGCACAAGCACAAAAAUGUUUUGCAUUGUAUCGUCAGGCCUACACUGGAAGUAAUUCUUUACAAGUUCAAGCGGCAAUGAAAGGCUUUGAGAAUGUUAUAAAAAAAUUUCCAAGAUGUGCUGAAGGCUAUGCACUAUAUGCCCAGGCUUUAACAGAUCAACAGCAGUUUGGCAAAGCAGAUGAAAUGUAUGAUAAAUGUAUUGAUCUUGAGCCAGAUAAUGCUACUACAUAUGUUCAUAAAGGUUUACUUCAGCUUCAGUGGAAGCAGGAUUUAGAUAAAGGUUUAGAACUUAUAAGCAAAGCCAUUGAAAUUGAUAACAAAUGUGACUUCGCAUAUGAAACUAUGGGGACAAUUGAAGUACAAAGAGGAAAUCUGGAUAAAGCCAUUGAAAUGUUCAACAAAGCUAUUAAUCUAGCCAAAUCUGAGAUGGAAAUGGCUCACCUCUACUCGCUCUGUGAUGCUGCCUAUGCCCAGACGGAAGUUGCAAAGAAAUACGGAUUGAAACCACCAACAUUGUAGAAAGACAAUAAGAGGGAAAUGACCUUUUAAAAAAUAAAGCUGCCCAUUUCUGCUUAGUCCUAAAGACACUGUUGCAGUAUAUUGAAUGGUGGAAAUUGGGUGUUUUUUCCCCUCUCCUGUUCAUGGUGAUGUAAUUAUCUGUUAAAUGUUUAGGUGUUGUGGGAGUGGCUGUUCAAGAAAGUAAGCAGUUUGUUCCUCUUGCAGCAGAUAAAUGUUAAAGGGAGAUUAAAACAGAAUUGCAAGGGGAUCAAAAAUUAUUUUGGCCAUGCGAAUAAAAACCUCUUUGACUCAUGUUUUCACUGUAGUUGUGAAUGACUGGUUAUAUUUACAAAAGUGUUUUACAGCUUGUCAUGCUGCUGAUUUUAAAUGAAUAAUGCUGUAUGAUUUUUAUAUAGAAUCAAUAAAUCCCUUGGGGUUGAUUUUAGUUCUGCACAAAGAAAAACAUAAAUUACAAAAUUAUUUAGUAGUAAGGAUUUUUAAGGCAAUUGUGGUUGAAGUGAAUCUUUUCACCUAGUUAACCAUGUACAGACAUUUCCUCCAUCUCCUUUUAUAUUUUCUGCUUCAUGUAGGAAAUAACAACUCUGUCCCUGCUCAAACUUAACAUGCUGUUUUUGUGCAUGGUUUAGCAAACUACUUCAAGAAUUCUACAUUUCACUCAGUCUGCUUGAAUAUGGCCUGUAUCCCAAAACACAACUUUAACCUUGCCUUGAUUUGAUUGUUGUUAGAAAGAAAAUAAUUGUAACUUUCAGGAGAGUAAAAUUGCUGUUGCAUGGGCACUGCCAGAGGCCUUGAGUUCUUCAGAUUAGUAUGCAUUUUAGAAUUGCCGUUGUAUAUUGAGCCUUUGGAGUGAGACUUAGUUCACAGGGUCCAAAAUUAUGUAGAAACCAUGGUUAACUCCUCUUAGAAAAAUGUAUUUUUUCAUUGAUGCUACAUAAAGUAUCAAUUUGCAACACUGUUUUUUUUGUAAUUUUUUUAAAAGAAGUCUUCUUACACAUUAGGGAUCUUACUAUUGAACAGACACUGAGCUGUCUGUCCCUAGGAGCUGCUGAAGCCAGUUCAGAACUCCUGUAGUACUGUUUCAUUUGCUAGAAAAUUCUUUGUAGGAGCUGGGUGUGUCUGUUUAACAUAAUUUGGAUUUGCUUCUUAUCUUCAGACCAGAUAUGAUGAAAAAUAUAUUAUUUUGCUUAAGAUAGCUGUCUUUUUCUAAAAUAAUCUUGGAGUGAUUCAGAAAGUCUGAUUGUUCAAUUUAUGUUCAGUGUAUGAAGUCAGUUGCUGCUUUUUUUAAAAAAAAAUGAUAAAGGUUGACCACUAAACUCAAGUUUUCUUGAGUUUUCAGGCCAUCUGUUAAAUUAUCCCCCCUGGAUUUCAUCCCCCACCCCCAUCUGUGACUUCAUCAUGUAUUUCAAAGGGGUUUUUAUUUGCAUGGCUCUGUGUACACUGACACUUCUCUCUCCUGAAAGCAGUUAAGAAUUAAGCAUGUGCUGUCUAAUAACUAGCAUUCCAGAUCCACACAGACUGUUGCCUGUUGUUCAAAUUUUUGAUCUGCACUCAAAGAAUGCAUUUUUUUUUUGUUUUUUGUAAAUGACUUACACAUGUAAAGUCAUCAAAUAAAUAUUGCAUUCAAAUAUCUCUUAUA